AUGAACUGUGGCAAGUGUAAUCGUAUAGUGAACUGUGACAAGUGUAAUCGUAGAGUGAACUAUGGCAAGUGUAAUCGUAGAAUGAACUGUGGCAAGUGUAAUCGUAUAGUGAACUGUGACAAGUGUAAUCGUAUAGUGAACUGUGGCAAGUGUAAUCGUAGAAUGAACUGUGGCAAGUGUAAUCGUAUAGUGAACUGUGGCAAGUGUAAUCGUAGAAUGAACUGUGACAAGUGUAAUCGUAUAGUGAACUGUGACAAGUGUAAUCGUAUAGUGAACUGUGACAAGUGUAAUCGUAUAGUGAACUGUGACAAGUGUAAUCGUAGAGUGAACUGUGGCAAGUGUAAUCGUAUAGUGAACUGUGGCAAGUGUAAUCGUAUAGUGAACUGUGACAAGUGUAAUCGUAUAGUGAACUGUGGCAAGUGUAAUCGUAUAGUGAACUGUGACAAGUGUAAUCGUAGAGUGAACUGUGACAAGUGUAAUCGUAUAGUGAACUGUGGCAAGUGUAAUCGUAUAGUGAACUGUGACAAGUGUAAUCGUAGAGUGAACUGUGACAAGUGUAAUCGUAUAGUGAACUGUGACAAGUGUAAUCGUAGAGUGAACUGUGGCACCCAUAUGAUGUUAACCCAGUAA